AGUUUGCGUUUCUCCAUGUGUGGACUCGGUUGUGUUUCAUGUUCUCUCUGUACCUUGCUCUGCAAAGCCAAAUGGCAGUUCCUUGGGUGGCUCCUGGCUCUCCCAGGGAACAAAGCUGAAAAGCAGUCGCUCUUUUCGGCUCAGCACAUGCUAAGGCGAUAAGCUACACUCUUUGGAUCCUUCAGGGAGAGUCAGACUUUCCUUGGGCCAAGUGACAUGGGUCUUGUCCAGUUCUUUCCUCCCAGCAGGCUCCAGCUAUGGACGUGUGUCUCAGCUCUGCGCAGCAGUCCCUGUGCCUGGGAGAGGCACCGAACUCCCCAGGUGGCUGGUUGGAGGAGGAGGAGGCGGCUCUCCAGGAAGAUGGCACCGGGGGACCCCCAGGAGACGCUAACAACAUAGAAUCGUCUCUUCGUAGCCUCCAGAAAUUCGUUCCGACAGAUUAUGCCAGCUACACUCAGGAGCAUUACCAGUUUGCCGGCAAGAAGAUCGUCAUCCAAGAGUCGAUAGAGAGCUAUGGAGCCGUGGUGUGGCCAGCGGCUACAGCUUUGUGCCAGUAUUUGGAAGAACAUCAAGAGGAGUUGAAUCUCCAAGAUGCCAAAAUCCUGGAAAUUGGUGCUGGACCAGGCCUUGUUUCCAUCGUGGCCAGUAUUCUAGGAGCUCAAGUCACAGCAACGGAUUUACCUGAUGUCCUGGGAAACCUUCAGUACAAUCUCUUAAAAAAUACCCUGAAAUGCACAGCACAUCUGCCUGAAGUGAAGGAACUGGUGUGGGGGCAAGACCUGGAGCAGAACUUCCCCAGGGCAGCCCUGCAUUACGACUAUGUCUUGGCCUCUGACGUGGUGUACCACCAUUACUUCCUGGACAAGCUGCUCCUCACCAUGGUGCACCUUUCCCAGCAGGGGACCGUGGUACUUUGGGCAAACAAGUUCAGGUUCAGCACAGAUUAUGAAUUCUUAGAUAAAUUCAAGCAGGUUUUUGAUACGACUCUCUUAGCUGAAUAUCCAGAGUCAACAGUCAAACUUUUUAAGGGGACAUUAAAAUGGGACUAAAUAAAACAACUUGUCUUUCAAAAUGUGUCUCUUUUGAAUCAUGUUAGAAGUGGCACAGGCAAUCGGAUUCACAACUCGUGAACUUACAAGAUGUAACUUAAUACUAAAGCAACUUUAAAUAUAUUUCAGAUUAUUUGAAUAAUAAAGUAUCUACAGAGAAAAACAUAACAUGAAAGUAAUUUUGUUGACUUGCAAGAGUCUCAGUUUGUGUUCAA